UCAAAAUUUGCCGCGUGAUGUGUGUCUUAUGUCGAACUGCCGUUCACCAGCCAUCGACCCAAUCAGCCAACCAGUCAAUUAGUUUCGUUCCUCUCCGUCUCCUCCCUGUACGCCGUUGGCCGCUAAAGCUUCUAGUUGCAGCGGCGAUUUGACGUCGUCUCCUGCCGUUGCUUUGCUUGACUCGUCUGUGUCCUUGUUGGCGGUCUGAAGUGAGCGGUGAGCGGAAUUGUGGCACACGCAGCAGCAGCAGCAGCAACAGCAGCAACGAGUCGAGAAGUUGAUCCCGGGCGAGGUAGGCGCGACGGCGCACGGCCACACAGACAUACGCAACCAAAAGGCAGAUAAUCGCGUUUCCCAAAUCGUCUCAAGGUUUGGCAUUUCUCGACAUUUCUCUAUAGAUUCGGUGUCGAUUCGUAAACUGUUACUCGCCGGGUCCAAUUACGCUCCACUCGGCCGAACAACAAAUCAACAAUGAAGGGUGAAAACGGCGACUCGAAUGGAACCUCCUCCACGGAACCGGAGUAUAUGCGGAAGUUAUUUAUCGGCGGCCUAGACUAUAAGACCACCGAGAAGACAUUAAAGGAAUACUAUGCUCGUUGGGGCGAAAUCUUGGACUGUGUCGUGAUGACGGACCCAUAUUCGAAGCGAUCGAGAGGUUUUGGGUUCGUAACGUAUGCGGACUCACACAUGGUGGAUGAUGCUAUGGCAGAGAGGCCUCAUAAUAUCGAUGAGCGCACCGUUGAACCAAAGAGGGCCAUUCCUAGGGAACAAUCGGCGGGAGAUACGAAUAUGUCUGUGAAAAAACUGUUCGUUGGAGGACUUUCGACAGAAACAGAGACAGAUGACCUUCGCGCCUAUUUUAGCAAAUAUGGGGCCAUCGAAGAGGUGAUCAUCGCAACAGAACGUGAUACGGGUCGUAAAAGAGGCUUUGGUUUCGUGACGUUCGAUGACUACGAUGCUGUCGACAAGGUCGUUCUGCAAAGGCAUCAUAUGAUUAAGGGUAAACGGACGGAGGUGAAGAAGGCUUUGAGUAAAGUUGAAAUGGAGAAGGCCAAGAGAAAGGAUGCCUUUAUGGGACCGCCUUCCCACUCCCAUCAUGGAGGUCAUGGGAUGGGGCCUCAUCGCGGAGGCCCUGGUGGUCCUCGAGGAGGUUACGGUUCCCGCGGAUACGGUGGAGGUUCCUCGGAGUGGUCUGGCUAUGGCGGUUGGCAGCAACCUCAAGGGGGGCAUGGAGGUGCCAGUGCGUAUCCUGGCUAUUCCACUGAUGCCUAUUCAGGUUGGGGCAGCAGCGGAGUCGGCGGCUCAUAUUCCGGUGGGGGUUACAGUACCGGCUACCAUCCAGGCUACGGGUAUCCGGACGCUCAGGGUGGUUCCGGUGCUCCGGGACCUUACCGCGGUGGAGGCUAUGGUGCCAGUGCCCGUUCAGGUGCCCAGCCCUACGGCGGUGAGUACGCAACGCGCUCCGUUUCAGCUAGAAGUCAGUAUUAGAUGCCGAACAACGUUGCCGUCAAUAGUAACAGCAAAAACAACCGCAGCCGCAUUGAAAGCAGCAGCAGCAGGAAGCCACACAUCGGCACCAAAAUCGACCGAUCCACCAGUUAGCACUGUCGACCGAUCUAUAGUACCAUACCUGUCGUGAUGCUGACUUUCUAUAGAUACGACACACAGACCAACAGAAACACACGGGCACACACAUAUAUAUGUAUACUGAUAUAUAUAUAUAUAUAAAGCAAUUCACGGACAUACACGUUACUUUCGUUUCACUACUUUAUUGAAGUAGAUUUUGUCAAAGAUGUUGACGAGUGGUCUGCUCAAGCGGAGGCGAUCCGUCUAAUAUAAAACUUGACAUAAAGAAAAAGAAAAACAGCCGACCAAGAUCGAACGGCCUGUUUUAGUUUACGGAGUUAUUACCGACACGAUAUAUAAUACGGAGAAACGUAACCUCUAGCAGGUGGUAGCGCUCUGCGCUGCAUAAGAAUGAAAAUUCCAAACUCAAGAAGAUGAAGCAGAAAGAUAUGAGAAACUUCAGGUAUUGGACUCGGUAGACCCUGCAAAGGUGAAUGGAACUAUGAAACAGGAGCUGGGCGAUCGGGUUGGAGGAAGGAUUAGGAAGUGGGUCGUGGGAAGACCGUGAACGCCGCCGGGAACUCUCGAUAUAUAUAUACAUAUAUAUACACGCAUAGAUAUGAUGAAAAAAUAUAUAUAAGCUAAGUCAGUGGCAACACUUAAACUAUCAAUACCAUCAUUAGAAUGAAUAUUGUGUGGAAGUAAACUAAUAUGAAAAAUGGCAAAACUGGUAGACAUGUUGUCGAUGCAGGACUGAGUUUCUAAUGAGGGAGUUGCACCUCCAUUUAUCCGAAAAGGAUAUCAAGAGGGCUGAACUAUGUUCAGGGGAAAAAGGGGGAACGCAUACUUGCUCUGCUCAAGAGGCGUUAGCGAAGAGAACUAAUUAUGAGCAGAUUGAAAGGAGGCAGCACAUACGGAAACUAGCUAUGAUCAAUGUAACAAUAAUACAAUACGACAAUAACAUAGGCAACGCAAAAGUAACAACACACGAGAAAGGCAGGAAAAAAGUAUAUGAAGCUUGUUGCAGAUAGAAGAGUUCUAUCUGAGUGAGAGGGAGCAAGAGAUAUUCUAUUGUAUAAUAAUAAUAAAGAGAGAUUAUCCCUUAGA